AUGCCUGAAACAAAAAUGAGAUAAAUAUAAUUUCCAUAAAAUUUUGCCUCCAUUCUAUAAAUGUAAUUGUAGAAAAGGCUGCACAGUUUUAGGAUAAAUACCAUCAAAAUGAUGUGCUUUGUGCAAUUUUAUGGUUUCAAAAUAAUAUAGAGCAUAUUUAAAAGCUUUGCAUUAACUAGGCUUUAAAUUUAUAUAAUUAUGAUCUUGUUGAGCGUUGUUUUCAGGCAUAAAAUAAAAUAGUUAGUUACAUACUUAAAAGUAUCUGGAUAUAUAUUUGAUUCUUUACUUUAAAUAUGUAAUGAUUUCCUUAGAGUAAUAUAUUAUUAUCAACAAAUAAAUGAAUCUAGAUAUAUGUAAGAAGAACUUUAAUAAAAACUUAAAGAAUAUAUUUCAGAAAUUGAAGAGUAGAUAGCUGUAGAAUCAACAUAAAUAUGGCUUUCUGGCACUGAUUUCGAACUCUAAAUGAUUAAAAUAGGUAGAGAACAUUUAGGAACUAACUCAGAAACUGGUACAACUUUAAUGAAAGCAGUAUUAUUUGGUAUAGUUUCUUCAAUAUCUUAAUUAAAGCCCAGUGAAGAACUUAUUGAUUCUCUUAUGAAAGCUGGACAAUUUCUUUUGCUUAAUUUUUAUAACAAAUAUAGUAAAAGAAUCUAAAAAUUUCUUAUUUGUUAAUAUUUUUAAAAGUCUUAGAAAAUCUUAAAAACACUUUUACAACUAUAAGUCAAAAAUCCUUUGAAGAUAUAUGAGCUUUAUUUUUUUUUUGAAAUUUUGAAAUGGUUCAUAAUCUUCCAAUUAAAAGAUGAAUAUUCAGUUUAAUAGACAAUCAAAUAAUUAACUGAAGGAUACAAACAAUAUAUUGAAGCUUCGUAAAGUUGUUUAAUUCAUUUUUGUUGGAUAAAUGUAAUUUCUGGAUUAAUGUCUUAUAGACCUGUUAUUUUCAAAAGCUUAAGUGGCAUAAAAAAUGGAUUUAAAGACUAGCUGGAAUUUACUGUUUGUAUAAAAUUUAAUUGUUGCUGUUCCUUAUGUUAAGUUAUAAGGGAAAAUUAAAUAUUCUGGAAGAGGACUAUUUAUUUUAAAGGAGUUUUCAAAUUUAAAAUUAUUUUAAGAGUACUUAUUAAGUGAAUAAAUUAGUUCUUUAAAAUUAUUGCCUUAUAUUUAAAUUUUGAUUUUGUAUCAUAACCUUUAAGCUAAAUUAAUUUAAAAGACUUAAAUAUAAGCUUGUUCAUAAACACAGAUGAUUUGCUUCAUUAAAAAUCUCUUAUAAAGCUGUUAAAUUUAAAUAAAGGAAAAUUUUAAUUAAAUUAAUAGCCAGGCCAGACUAUUUAAAAACUAAAUGGAAAAUAAGCUUGGGUUUAAAAUUUGUAGAUAAGAUAUCUAGGAUUUAGUUAAUUAAUAAAAAGAAUAAUUUCUUUAACUUUUAUAAAUUUUAAAUGAAAUAGAUAUUAUCAGAAUAAAAGAAAUUGAAAUCAUGAAUAACUUAGAAUAAAUUUUGAUACAAAAUGAAAUAAUCUUUUAUAAAUUUAGUAAAAACAGAAAUACUUAUAAAUAUCUACUUUUAAUGAAAUUCGAAUAAAAUUUGAAGAUAAAUUCAUCAAGCAAUUUCAAUAAAUUCCAAACUUAUGGGUUCGAUCUUACUAAAUUUUAAAUUUUUCUUGCUGAAUCAUUAAUUCAUUAGAAAAUAUUUUAUUCUUAAAACUAUAAAAAUAAAACUUAAAUAAUUGAUGAAGAAAUUGAUUAAAAAGAUUUAUCUGAGACUCUAUAUACAUAGAUUUUGUUAAAGUAUGAUAAAGAAUUAGAAACUUGUUUAAAAUUCUUUAAUGAUUUGUUAUCUGAUUUUGUCUCUUAAAUAAAAUUAAUAAAAGAACUUAUUAUCAAAAUUAACUUUGAAAAACCACUUACAAUUCCUUAAGACAAAAUCUCUUUAGAAGAAAUAUUAGUAUAAUUAAUUGAAUAAUAUAGCUCUAACUUAUAAAAGAUUUAUCCAAUCAAUUCUAAUAAGUUUAUUCUAUGGAUUGGAUUGAGUUUAAAACUUUAGGAGAUAAUUUUAAUGUUUAAAUUUUACAAAAAAUUAUUAAGAAUUUAAUAGUCAAAAAUUAAUGUAUUACAAUUGGAACAUAAAAUAUAAGAUUUUUAUUUUGAUGAUUAAAUUCAUCUUAAUAAUAAUAUUGAUAGUGAUAGUACAACUACUUAACUAAAUUACAAUUUGGUUUCUCAAGGAAAGACUAUGAUACAAAAAUAUUUCGAUUAAUACCCAACUCUGAUUAUGAAUAAAUAAAAAUUAACAGAGUUGAAUUAUAUCGAAAAUAAAAUAAGAGAAGAUAUAUUCUCAUUAAAAAAUAAGAAAUGGAAUUCAAGAAAUUUAAAUAGAAAGUAUAUAUAUUAUAAGAGGUUGACUUAAUUAGGAUUAAAUAAAAUAUAAAAAAAAACUUUAAAAGAAGCAAUAAACUAAAAUUUUGCAAGUUCAUUGAAAAUUCUAAAUAGGAAAUUAGAAAAAGUCCAAAAAAAAAAUUGA